CGGGGGCCUGUGUGUAUGUAGGGUGGGGGUCAAGCCUCCAUUUUUGCCAGGGCGUCCUCAGCAGCUGUCAACUGGCAUGCCAGAGGGAGCGUCACUCACAGUGGUGAUACAGGGGUGCAGACGUGAACCGAGGCUCUGUGCAGUUUGAUCCAGGAAGGUUUACUCUCACCGUCUCCGGCCCCACCAUGGCGGAUCAGUACCAGUACAACACCAACGAGGAAAAGAUCGUGAAGGACAGCAACACCAAGGAGAUUGAUCUGAUCAACAGAGACCCCAAGCAGAUCAAUGAAGACGUGGUGAAGGUGGACUUUGAGGAUAUCAUUGCAGAGCCUGACGGGACACACAGCCUGGAUGGGGUUUGGAAACUCAGCUACACCACCUUUACUGUGUCCAAGUACUGGUGCUACCGCAUCCUGUCUGCUGUCUUUGGCAUCCCUGUUGCUCUUCUGUGGGGCUUCCUGUUCGCUUGCAUCUCCUUCUGCCACAUCUGGGCCGUGGUUCCCUGCAUCAAGAGCUGCCUGAUCGAGUCGCAGUGCAUCAGCCGCAUCUACUCCCUCUGCAUCCAGACCUUCUGUGAUCCCUUCUUUGAAGCACUGGGCAAGGUCUUCAGCAGUGUGCGCGUUGCAGUGCGCAAAGAAGUCUAAAAACUCACACUGUAGUGUUUAUAGUAUGAUCGGAUGAAGUGCGGUAUCUUUUUAUACACCAGAAGUUCAGUCCAGGCGUCUCAGUCCCUCAUAGUCCUCCUCCUUCCUUCAUAACAUGCCGUUCCCCACCCACCCAUCCUCAAGCUGGGUCCUGAUAUGCCCUGUGUGCCUAUUGCCACCAUGAAGCCCAGUGACAGCUGCAGCAGGCAGCGUGGUUCUGUGACAGCUCUGGCACUCCUGCAGGGCUCAGUGCGUCUCACUGAGGGAGGAGAGGACUGCCUGCCAUGACCAGGAUCUGUCUGUAAUCAUGUAUUUGUGUCACAAAAAGCCAAAGACAUUUCAACAGAUGAUAUAAACCCCCCAACAUUGCUCAACCUGUGGACAAUGCUCCAUGUAUGCAUUACAUUUUGCCAUUAUUAAAUAUUGUAUUGACGCUGUAUGUGCCUGGUAAAGUUGAACUCUAUAUUAAUGUAAUUGGAUUUGGUAUAAUGACCUUAUUUAAAGAGCUCUAACAGAAAGAAAGCAUUUGAAAAAAAAAAAUAUUUUGUCAUUCUUGAUGACUCCACUUGCUUAAUUGUACAUGUAAGAAAUAUGUUGAACCAACCAUGCCGAUAAACUACUUCCUUUUACCGAAGCGUGAGAUUAGUGGAAUAUUUGACUACUCCACAUUUCAGUCACGUCUGUUAACAAGUAUGCAAUGAACUACUGGUGGAGUAAAGUAAGGAGGGAAUUGCAUUUUUCAACAGUGUUUUAUUAAUUAUGUAUAAAGUAUAAGAACUUUGCUGCUAUUGUGCACCUCUAGUUGAGAAACGUUAAUUAUACAUGGGCUGGAACUUUUCUAAGUACAUUUCACAAUUGAUGAAACUGUGCUUAUAAUAAGUGUAUUGCAUCACUGGUUCACCGUUUGCUUGAAAGUAUAUUAUGUGUGUUAUUUCAGGUCAAUGUGAGAGGCUGGAGAAAUACAUUUUUAAGAUUCACCAACCAUCUUAACUGCGUUUCAGUGAAUUUUUUUGACAGUGACCUUGGAGCUGUGACCCACUAGAGGCUGCUGUUGUGUCUCUUUUACAGUGUCUCUCUGGUGUCACCACGCCCUUCUUUGUUCGUGUUCUUCUGGCCAACACAUCCUGGUCCUUUGCUGCAUCUGGAAAUGCACUGCUAGAGAUAAUAUGUGCAGAGACACCACACCGUGUUAAAGCAUUAGUCUGAUGAAGGAUUGUGUCAACAAGAAGCAACAGUGAUUUAUUGGCCAAUACAUAGAAAGUCAAUAUGCAGACUAAAAAUGCAGCCAAGAAAAAAACACAUUGUCC